CAGCGAGGGCGGGCCGGGGAGGAGCGCGCCGCGGCAGCCCGCAGCCCAACUUCGGGGGUAGCGCUCGGCGGUGCGCGGCGGAGGCCGAUGGGCAGCGGGCGGCCUCGCUCGCCGCCGGCACCGGCACCGGCACCGGCACCCCACCGGGGCGGCGGCGCGGGGCGCUGAGGGCGGCGCGCACCGGCGGCGCGGAGCGGCGCGGAGCGCGGCCCCAGCCCGAGCCCAGCGCGGCCACCCGGCUCGCCUCGGGGGGAUGCCCCCCUGCGGGCGCCGACACUAGCCCGGCCGCCCGGUGCAUGGCACAACUAUGGAGGUGGUGGACGAGACGGAGGCUUUGCAGCGCUUCUUUGAAGGCCACGACAUUAAUGGAGCUUUGGAACCAUCUAACAUCGACACUAGCAUCCUGGAAGAGUACAUCAGCAAGGAAGACUCACCAGAUAUCUGUUUCCCUGACAUCCCUGCUUCAGCCAGCUAUGCACACCCCCAGCCCUCCAGCUCAGCCGCCAUCAAUGUGCCUCUUGCCAGCUCCAUCGCCAGUGCUGGGCAUGUGACCAACCCUGCUUCCAGUGGUUCCCUCCACCUUCCUCCCCCAGGCAGCCAGAUCCCAAUCCGUCAUGGUCCUCUUUUGACCAACCCUUGUGGACCCAGCGCUCACCUCAACUGCAAUAACAACAAUGGCAUGGUGGUGCCCAAGGGCUACCUUGGUGGCCACUGCAUAAACAAUGCGGUCCCUCCAAUCAAAUCGGAGCCCAAGGCCUCCUAUGCACCUGGCACUUUACCCGACUCUCCCCCGGAUUCUGGAUCAGAAGCCUACUCCCCUCAGCAGGUGAAUGAUCCUCACCUUCUUCGGACCAUGACCCCUGAGAAUAUGUGCCACAUGACUCCCCCUUCCCGCUUGGAGCACCCUCCUCCACCUCCUCCACCUCCCCACCUCCAGGGUCCUCCCCCACCUCCACCUCACCUUCACCAGCAGCAGCUCAACCCUCAUUACCCCAGCCUGCAGCGGGACAUGUACAUGAAGGCUGAGCCACUGAUGCCACCGUAUGGCAUCGGGCAGGGCAUGUCGCCGGGCGACCUCCACCAUGCCCAGCAGUCGCAGAUGCUGCACCAGCUACUCCAGCAACAUGGAGCAGACCUCCCAAUGCACCCUGCCAAGAAGAGGAAACACUCCGAGUCACCCCCCAACACCCUCAAUGCACAGAUGCUCAACGGGCUGAUAAAGCAGGAGCCAGGUAUGGGGUCUGUGCCACUCAACCCUGACAGAGUCCAAACGCCUCCCUGGCACCAGCCGGGGGCGCUUUCACCAGGCCUGAUUCAAGAUAAUGACAGCUUGAAUGGCUCCUACCUGGAUCCCAACUACCAGUCUAUAAAGUGGCAGCCACAUCAGCAAAACAAGUGGGCAACCCUCUAUGAUGCCAACUACAAAGAACUUCCUAUGCUCACAUACCGUGUAGAUGCCGACAAGGGGUUCAACUUCUCAGUGGGUGACGACGCCUUUGUGUGCCAGAAGAAGAAUCAUUUCCAGGUCACAGUCUACAUUGGCAUGCUUGGAGAUCCCAAGUAUGUGAAGACUCCCGAGGGCCUGAAACCCUUAGAGUGCUUCUACCUGAAGCUGCACGGAGUGAAGCUAGAGGCCUUGAACCAGUCAAUCAACAUAGAACAGUCACAGUCUGAUCGCAGCAAACGGCCCUUCAACCCUGUCACGGUCAACCUGCCUUCAGAGCAGGUCACCAAGGUCACUGUGGGGCGGCUACACUUCAGUGAAACCACAGCCAAUAACAUGCGGAAGAAAGGCAAGCCCAACCCGGACCAGAGGUAUUUCAUGCUUGUGGUAGCUCUGCAGGCACAUGCCCAGAACCAGAACUACACACUUGCAGCUCACAUCUCCGAACGCAUCAUCGUCAGAGCCUCAAACCCUGGCCAGUUUGAGAGUGAUAGUGAUGUGCUCUGGCAGCGGGCACAGCUCCCUGAUACUGUCUUUCACCACGGUCGAGUUGGCAUUAACACAGACCGCCCUGAUGAAGCCCUUGUGGUCCAUGGCAAUGUGAAGGUCAUGGGUUCGCUGAUGCACCCUUCAGACAUCCGCGUGAAGGAGGACAUCCAGGAGGUGGACACCACGGAGCAACUGAAGAGGAUCUCCCGUAUGCGGCUAGUACACUACAACUACAAGCCUGAGUUUGCAGCCACUGUGGGCAUUGACAACAGCUCUGAGACAGGUGUCAUUGCUCAGGAAGUAAAGGAGAUCCUCCCAGAAGCUGUGAAGGACACUGGGGACCUGGUCUUUUCCAAUGGGAAGACCCUUGAGAACUUCCUGGUGGUGAACAAGGAGCGGAUAUUCAUGGAGAACGUGGGAGCUGUGAAGGAGCUGUGCAAAUUGACAGACAACCUGGAGACCCGCAUUGAUGAGCUGGAAAGGUGGAGUCAUAAACUGGCCAAACUCAAGCGGCUGGAUAGCAUGAAGUCAACUGUGAGCUCUGGGACAUUCAGCCAAACAGGAAGCCAGUUCAGCCGUGCAGGAAGUGUACCCCACAAAAAGAGGCCACACAAAGUAGCCAGCAAGUCACCAUCAGUCAUUCCAGAACAAGCCUGCAUCAGCCAACGCUUCCUGCAAGGCACGAUCAUUGCCCUGGUCAUCAUCAUGGCAUUCAGUGUGGUGUCCAUGUCCACCCUCUACGUGCUGAGCUUGCGCAAUGAGGAGGACCUUGUGGAUAUUGAUGGCUCUUUUGCUGUGCCCACUGCCUGUCUCCUGGCACUCUUUCGGCACAGGGGUCCUGGGGUCCCGGUCGCUCUAUGCCCACGGUCAAAUCAGAACUUUGAUAAAACUCAGUUGGUGCCAUCCACAGUUGCAUCAGACAGAGCCAGUGACAGGACCCCUACACACCAAGUCACAGCGAAUGUGCAUGACUCUGUCCACGGCUUACCUGGCCAAAGUGUGCUAGCGUGCUUCAACCCACCGUGUUUCUCCAUGUGCUGCUCUGCUGCUCCCACCAAUGUCUCCUCCAUUGCCCUCUCUGAGACCAGCCCCACUCAUGCCACUAACCAGACAGACCAAAGUCAGAUCUCACUUCUGCCAGUGACAAAUAUCAAAGCCAAAUCCAGGGGUGUCUCCGGGAAAGCGACCUCUUACGCCAAGUGGCCAAAGACACCUGACAGGUCUCAGAGUUUCGGCAGCCCCAAUGCCAGCCCCUCCUCCCCUUUCACCCACAUCCAGGGCAAAUCCAAGUACAUCUCCAACCUCUCGCUCUCCCGCAGCAACUCGCCACUGGGGCAGGCCCGGCAGCAGCGCAGUGUCAAGCAGCCGGUGAGCGAGUGGCCCCGUGCAGAGGAUCUUGGCACGGAUGGACCAAGCCCAGUGCUGCAUUCCAUCCGGAUCUUGGAGAUCAAUGUAGCCAUCCAGUCCCAGUACUGUGCAGCGAGCGAUGCAUGCAGGACUGGAAACUUCACCUACCGCAUCCCUGUCAGUCAGCUCACAGCAGUAAACACCAAUCUGACCCUGGAGAUGAACACCUCUUCUGUUGUGUCCAUCUCCCUUUGUGGCCUUGUCUCUAGCGACCCAUGCCAGGAUGCUGCAAGCAUGGACAGCUUCAUCAAUACCACAGACACACAGGAAACAAUGCACCGUUGGCCUCUAGUGAUGAUGUCUUUCAGGGAGUUCACAUACCACUUCAGAGUAGCCCAACCUGGUCGAGCCAACUGUAGCACUGCUCCUGAGCAGAUGGGACACCUUUUCACUGACUAUUAUUUUCAGUUUUACUGGCUCUGUGAGUGAGUCCUAGCAGCGCCAGUGCCCUCUGGUUGGAGAGAGGAGCGGGACUGGUGACACUGGGGAGACUCCUGUACCCCCUCCUCUACUAGCCCCCAGCCCCACCUUAUCCCUGUCUCCUGCUUUGGGUGUGGAGCUGGUUUGGUUGUGGCCUGGUGUCACAGACACUGAAGCACAGCACAAACAGAGCUUAUGCCACAGAAACACAACCAGUCCUGCGGUCUCUCCUGGGCUGACCCUAGCACUGACUCCUGCCAUCCCAUGCUGCCCUGAACAACUCUCUCCUUCCCUUAUGGGGACAACUGUGUCCUCCAUCACUGCUCCCUCCCCCUGCUACACUGGAUUUGAAAGCAUUACACUGGAUUUAUGUGGAUGGGCCUGCCACACCCCAGAGUGCAACUGGGAACUCCACCCUGUACUGGCCCAGUGGUUCCAGAUGUGCUGCAUUAGCUCUCUACAACACUGGAAUUGCUCAACACUGGAGGCUUUUCCAAGACUGAAACACUGGAAUUUCUUCUGGAAAGCAAGGCUGUGCCUGGACAUACUGGAAGUCAUACACUGGAGCUGCUGUUCCUUCUAGCUGGCCCAGGGCAAUCCCUGGCAGCCCUGUUCCACAGAUUCCUGGAGGCCCCAGGAUCCAUGAAUUGCAUGUUCUCUGCUGACAGCAAGAGAAAGGGCAAACAUUGCCAUUGCAGCUUCUCUCCCUCUCCUCGCUAUACCCUAACCUCCACAAUAUACAGGUCUGGAUGGAUAAACUCAAGAACCUCACUAAGACGCUGCUAAAGCUGUGCCCAGGCCAAACCAUGUGUGGGGGGCACGUGUCAUCAACGCAUGGGAGAAAAAUUACUGGGCACAGCACACCCUGCAAAGCGGGAUUGGGGUUGUUCCGGACAUGUGGGUUGGUUUCUCUACACCACCUGGUGAAUGCGGCUCUGCUGUCCGAUGGAUCGCUGCCAAGCAGUGAAGAAAAAUGGUUAGUCUUCUCCCACCACACAGGGAGAAAUGGCAGGGACUGUGGGCCCUCACUCUCACUGUUGUUCUCAAAAAAGCAGUUAUGUUAAGUGUAUUUUGGGUAUUUUACUGUUACAAGUUCUUAACUUGCUAAACUACUGAAUUUUUUUAAGCCGUAUAAAAACGGGCCUCUUAAUUCUGUUGCUAUUGAGCUAUGUGUGUCUCACAUAGGAAACCAAAGGGGCCCUUUGCUAAGCUCCAUAUUAAAGCUUGACUGCUACAGUGGUGCUGGGAUAUGCCAGACUGACAGCUACCAGCACCCAGGUGUCCUCCACCCCGUCCCACUCCAGAACCUCUUAGUAAAGAAGGAAACAUCUACACUCCUGGAGGCUGAGCCACUACCAGGUUAAUAGUUUUUGAGACUCUGUUUUUUUUGUUUUUUUGUUUUUUUUUUUUUUAAGGAAACAGCAACCACCUCUGAGGAAAGGAUAGGGCAGUUGGGGGGGGGGGGGGAGGGGAAUGCCACUCUUCCUGAAGCAAACUUGAAAAGUGACUUCAGAGAAAAAUAAAAACAAACAAAAAAACCCUUGCACAGUCCUGUCACUAGAUGUAGGCAACUCUAACCAAAUUAGGUUUGGGCAACCACAUCGGGGCCCCAGCUGCUGGUCUUGUUGCCUUCGGUGGACACAGCUGCAGCAAUCCAUUUUUACCAGCACUGAGGAAUGCAUGGUUGACAUGCCCCAAUGCCACCACCAGCUGGCUCGGCUGCGCUGGAGAAAUGAGCUGCAAAUGUGCUUUAGCCAGAUACGGAGGUGGUUCCUGUAUGGAUCUCUUGGGAUCAUUCUCCAGUCUGGGGAGCAGUUUUAUCUCCCUUGUGUUUCCUGUCACCCAUUUCAGAAUUUCCUUCUGAGCCUGUCCUGACAAAGCAGCCAUAGCCCUGCAAUUCCUGGUAUCAUCACUAGGCGUUGGCAUCUCUGCUUCCAAAGGACCAAGCCCUUUAUUUGUAAGGUGGUUUCAAGGUCAGGUCUUUAUUCCCAUUCUGUGCCUUUGGGCAGCAAAUACUGUUAACGCAAUCUAGUUAUUAAAAUGCACUUAAGCCUUGGCAGCCAGGAAGCAGAGUGAGCAGGGAAUUUCUGGCAACCCAGUGAGUACGCAGCUAGAGGACAGCCUUCUGCCCAACUGUGGGGAGCUCAGAGGGAAAGCAAGAAGGCCUAGGGCUUGGUAGUAACUAAGCACAAACAGGUCAGCUCUAUACUCAGUAGGACUCUCUGCUCCUGCCUGCAACUCAUAAGGAAACCCAGUGCAGCUCUCUGGAGAGGACACUCUGUGCUCUUCCAGUUCUUCCUUCCACCAGCCCUGAGCUUUUUUUGCUUGGCCUUAAACUGGGAAGUUAACUUUCUUGGCAGCUUUUAUUCUCCACUUGGCAAUCAGUGGCCCAGUGUGGCAAGUCCGUAUUCAGGUUAGUGAAUAUGCACUCUUCUGAGUCUGCUCAGCUGAGCAGUAGUGUUCUCAGGCUCAGUUGCUGCCCCCCCUCCUCUGCUGAGCUGGACUGAAUGCCUGUGCUUUCAUUUAGCAACUGAAGCGGUAACUGGCAAUGUCUUGAGGACCAGAGCUGAAACACUGCCUGCAAUCACCACCACCCAACUGAUCCCCCAAAAAGUUCUCAGAGGUAGUGGCUGAGGUUAGCUGAGAUCCGCAAGUGCAUCUCACCCUCCUGCAAGGGAAACCAUUCCUGGAGGGGAGGAAUCAAUCACCAGAAAUGGGUUAACAGUCAUGGCCCAACAGGAGAUGGGAGAGUCUCUCAGGUAUCCCUGUGACUCUUAGGCAUGGGGUUUAUGAGGGGCCCUAGCAAACCAAGUGCCUAAGACUACAGGAACAUCUCUAGUGCCUUUUUCUGCUAGUAGGACUGUAUGAGGGAACAGUGGCUUCCCACAUGUACAAUAAAUGCCAUGUGCCUCAAAAAUGGUAGUCAGUCAAAGUAGUGAGACAAGGCAACACCUAAAAUGCAAAGGCCAGUCCUACCCACAUACAACUGUUUCAAGCAGAGUGGCAGUGGGCUGACAGCAAUCUAUGGUAUUGAAAGAAGAGUCAGAGAUUCAGAAUGCAGUUUUUAGUGUCUUAUGUUGCAAUAGUAUGCUUAAUCUUAACGUAUGUCACAACUCAUAUACCAGUUGUACCAGCCACCAGGCAGCAAUACCAGAGCAAGGCAGAAACUAGAACUUAAUAGGGUUUUUUUUUUAAUGCUGAAAGGGUAGCAGGAUGGCUUCUAAGCCCAUGGAAACAACUGCUUGUAUAGACUUCCUGACAAGAUGUUUCUGCCCUACUCACCUGUAACUAAAGAUCUUCUCCCCAUCCCCUUCCCAAAUCAGCAACAAGAAAGAGUUAACCAUCAGGCCUUUUCCUGCAUGAGAUGGAGGGAGCUCUGAGCCAAUGUCUCCAGCCUUGCAGCUUAGGGAAAACUCUUUUUUGUCCCAGCUGGAAACUAGAAGCUUCAUCUCUCUAGACAUUCUUGGCAGGAAGGAAGACAAGUGUGAAAAUGAGGCCAGUUUCCAAAGUUUGGCUGUUCUGCAGUUUGUUUCAAAAGCAAAUUCACAAACCUUCUGUCCUACUUUUAAAGCUUAAAGCCUGUAAAUAGAGACUAUGCCACCACUGCAAGAAUUAAGAAAAAGUAAAGCACUAAUUUGUUUGGUUUAAAUGUUGCUGUCACAGCUUUAAUCAAUGUAUAUUGCCAGCAAGUUUGUAGAGCUGUAUUCUUAGCAGAUAUUAUUGAUUAUUGGUUUUUAUUUGUGGGGAACAAGUGUGGUUUCCCUCCUUUCUUUCUGAUUUAUAUUUAUAUUUUGCUGAAUUUGCGUGCUGAGUCUCCGGAUUCCCCACAUUUUUUUGUUUGGCUUAUUUAGACUUUGUUUUAUGCUGGUGGUAAAUAUACCCAUAUAAAUAAAUAUAUAAAUACUGCUUUGUAUCCAA